CGCUCUCGUUCCAGCUGUCCCAGAUUCCUGGCUUCACGCACAUCGUCGAGCGACGGCUGAUGGACGCGAUGAAGAGCUACAGUGAACGUCGGUUGGACGUGGAAAGCUUGCGGAUGAUCUAUUUCCACGAUCAGACGGUGGCUGUGGUGGAGCUGGGACCAGCGAAACGUCUCAUCGGUUGCGAGCUGAUCGAGAUUUACAAUGAUGCCGACGGUGUGGAGCUGCUGCGCAACCUGUCGACCAUUAACCGGCCGCUGGAGAUUUCCUUCCGUGACAUGGUCAAACUGAUGGAACAGUGCGAGCAGGUCGAUCGGCUGAACGAGCGAAACAACUACCGGGCGACCGAGGCACCGGAGGGCUCGGGUCCGGCCGGAGCGGAUGACACAGGAUCCACAGGCAGCGGAGCCAGUGGCUUUCUGGCCAUGAUUAUGAAGAAUCGCAGCAGCAAGCGGGGCAUCUUCUACUCGAGCUCCUUCUCGCUGCUGAGCGGCAUCAUACCCGGCACCAAGUGGUGCGGCACGGGCGAUAUCGCGGAAAGCUACCACGACCUCGGGGACGACGCCACGAUGGACCGGUGCUGCCGCACGCACGAUCUCUGCCCGAUGAAGGUCCGGGCGUACCAGAAGCGCUACAACCUGAGCAACAACUCCAUCUACACGAAGUCUCAUUGCAAGUGCGAUGACAUGCUGUACGAAUGCCUCAAGGCAACCAACACCUCCGCAGCUCAAGUGAUGGGCUCGAUCUACUUUAACCUGGUUCAGGUGCCCUGCCUCGAAGACACACCAAACGGAGCCCAGUUCCGCAAGGCUCGCGAAGGAUUCUAA